AUGUCAUACAAUCAAUUUCCCAACCGGAGACGAGUGAUACAAGCAUGCGUAAACUGCCGUAUGCGCAAGACUCGCUGUGACGCUGCUCAGCCAAGAUGCGGCCUCUGCUCUUCACAGAACGUCGAUUGCGUCUACCGAGAUGCGAAACAACCCAAGAUUGACUAUAACACUCAAGUCCUGCUGGAGCGUAUGCAGCUUCUCGAGGAUCGUAUCCUGUCGUCAAACUCGGCGUCUCAGAAUCAAAGAGCUCCACCCGAAGCGUCGCCUACGAGCCAUCACGAUCCACAGAAUGACUCAACUGCUGAGGGACGAGAGCCUGUGUUUGAAGUUCAGAUACCGUUGUCGCAUACGGCCAACGCCAAUCACGUUUUCUCAUGGAGCUUGGUUCAGACGCUUCUGGCAGAGACCAGCACAGAUCUUGAGGAACUGCCGAGCUAUGCAGAUGCAACUGAAGUCUUUUUUCAGCAUCAGCAAAGCAGCAAACAUCCCUCAACAACGUCACAGCCCCCUUCCUCGUGGAAGCUCUACGACAGCUCGCACUGCAGAUCGUCUCUUUAUGAUGGUAUAGCACGGCUACGCGACUUGAUUCACCUCUACUUUAGAAAAGUCAACAUUUUCUUCCCUCUGCUACUGAAGAGCGACAUUCUCAAGAUCUUCGAUAUGGUAACAGCUAGGGAGUUUUAUGGAGAGAAUGACACACCGAUGGUUGAUAUGCCGCGAUAUGGCCUGCUUCUUGUGGUUCUUUGCCUGGCAUUGUUGAGUUCGGGUGGACAGUCUGACAUAUGCCUCGAAGAUAACCAUAAACCAUUCUCAAACAGCUCGAAAGACCCGGAGGAUCAGCUGAGAAGUGAAUUAUGGUGCAAGGCAAGAUUGAUACUGGGCUACGUCUCAACUGACAUGUCAUUGGAGGCUGCUCAGGCCAGUAUGCUCGCAGGCAUCUACAUGGGAGCAUCAGGUGCGGUAGCAGAAGCUUUCCACUGGGCGCACGCGACGGCCGUCAAGUGCGAGACCAUGGCCCGAUUGCAAGCCAAGAACGAAAGUAUCUCUGAUGGCUUCCGUCGGCUGUACUGGAUAUCCUUCAUAUACGAAUGUGAUUUCAUAUCUGAGAUAUCAAUCGUGUCACCAUCUGGUAUAGCGAGAUAUGAAGACAAAAUCCCAUACCCAGCCUUUAAUGCCGAAAGCCACCCUAUCUCACCCUCCGUGCCAGAGUCGUCAGAAGCCAGCGCAAUAAGAAGUCAGGAAGAGCUCGUCGCGUUUCAGAUAACUACGAACUCAGCCAUCAGACGUUUUCUGAACACUGUCAAUACCGUUGUCUACGAUGACAAGGAGCAGUUUCGGACAAGACGAUCAAACUAUGCAUCUUGGCUACUCAGAAUAUCCGAGGAUCUCUGGUCUCAUCACUCGGCCAUAUACCGCAACCUUCCUGAAUUUCUCCUUAGCAACCCGUCUCAAGACGUCCCUAUGACAGGCGAUGAUGAUACGAACUCUCCUGCAAGUCUCCAAUCGCCAACAGCGCGAAUUCAGGGCAUCCCAGUUGGCAAUAACUCAUGGAAUAUUUUGAGACUCAAGGGGAGAUACUAUGCAGGCCAAUACAUUAUUCACAGGCCUUUCAUCGAAUUCAUCGUUCUCAACAUCAACAACUUCGAGUCUCAUCCUUGCAAAGAGGCAGUUUUGAAACGAUCCAAGUCAUGUUUGGAUGGAUGCUCCGGGUUCAUCAAGGUGUUUGAUGUUCAGACGGAUCUACUACCCCAGGAUGUGGAGGGUGCAAUUCAGGCUGGAAAGAGGAAUCUAGCUCGAUUCGGCCAGAGCGUAGCAGAGUUUUCAUGGCAUAUCGAGAUACUAGAGAGGAUUGAUGUGGCCCGAAGGAAUAGAAUAGCAAGACAGACGGAAUGA